AGAAUCGCAAAGGAGGUCCAGCGCUCAUAUGGUGGUCAUGGCUCCGGGUGAAUUCAUUUCUUGGUAAAGUCCGAAUCGUUUCCUUUAGUUUGCCGCGCCAACUGCACCUUACAAAAACCCAACCAACGAAAAAUAAACCCCCUUUUCUCGCUCUAGACUUUCUUUCUCUGACGUUCCACCACUUUCUCGAGAAAAUCGAAGUCAUGGCGAUCGACGAAAACCUCAAGACUUGCGUCGUUUUCGGUGGUCGUGGCUUCAUCGGAAGGUUUCUUGUCUUGCGUCUCUUGAAACUCGGCAAAUGGAUCGUCCGAGUCGCCGAUUCGGCUCAGUCUCUCCAACUUGAUCCCUCGGAGGACCGCUCGGUUCUCUCCGAAGCGAUCUCGUCUGGCCGAGCUUCGUGUUGCGCAGUCGAUGUCCGCGAUAAAGCUCAAGUCCGAAAAGCUAUCGAAGGUGCUUCUGUUGUAUUUUAUAUGGAUCCAACAAUUACUUAUACAAAUGAUUUUUAUCGUUGCUACAUGAUCAUUGUUCAAGGUGUAAGAAAUGUCAUUAAUGCCUGCCAAGAGUGCAAGGUUAAACGGCUGAUAUACAAUAGCUCUGCUGAUGUAGUUUUUGAUGGUUCACAUGAUAUAUAUAAUGGAGAUGAGUCCCUGCCUUGCCCUUGGAAAUUUGAGGACAUGCUGACUGAUAUUAAGGCUCAAGCAGAAGGGUUGGUCUUGAUUGCUAAUAAUAUUGAUGGCCUGGUGACUUGUGCACUUCGUCCCUGCAAUGUCUUUGGACCAGGAGAUAAACAGCUUGUGCCAUUUCUGGUGAAUAAAGCGAAGUCUGGCCACGCCAAGUUUGUCAUAGGAAGUGGUGAAAAUAUGUCAGAUUUUACCUAUGUUGAGAAUGUUGCCCAUGCCCAUGUCUGUGCAGAGGAAGCUCUAGUCUCUCGGAUGGUUUCUGUGGCUGGGAAGGUAUUUUUCAUCACUAAUCUUGAGCCGGUGAAGUUCUGGGAAUUUGUGUCAUUUAUAUUGGAAGGUUUGGGGUAUCAAAGACCAUUAUUCAAACUUCCUGCUGGGAUGGUCUUGUAUGUUCUUUCACUUGUUGAGUGGAUGCGUGAUAAGUUGGACUUCAGAAGUAACCAUCCUGUGUCUGCUCAGUAUGUUGUUCAAAUAGCCUCACGCACUAGAACUUUCAACUGCUCUGCAGCACAAAAACAUAUUGGAUACUCGCCUGUUGUCUCCCUGAAAGAUGGUGUUACCUUAACCACGGAAUCAUUCUCUCAAUUAUCUCAAGACUCAUCCGUCAUGGCACACAGAGACUUUGAUGAACAAUCAAAAGUGGAUAAGCUUCUGGGUGGUGGGAAAGUUGCUGAUAUUCUGCUAUGGAGAGAUGAGAAAACAUUCACAUGCUUCCUUGCUUUGUUUCUGAUGUUUUACUGGUUUUUCCUUUGUGGAAGAACUUUCAUCUCAUCUGCAGCCAAGCUUCUGCUGCUGGUUACAGCGAUCCUUUCUGGACAAGGUAUUCUUCCAACAAACAUAUUUGGUUUCUCCAUUCAGAGGAUAUCUUUGUCUUGUUUUGAAAUCUCGGAAACGGUAGUGAAUGAUUUGAUUACGAACAUGGCAAAUUUGUGGAACAACUGGAUUCAUAUGAUUAGAUUGUUGGCUGGAGGAGGGGAUUGGAACACUUUUUUCAAGGUAGCUAUUCCUCUCUAUUUCCUCAAGUUGAUCUUGUCACAAUGCCUGACAUUGGUAGUUGGUGUGGCAUUGGUCUUGGCAUUCACUUCAUUCUUUGUUUACGAGCAAUACGAGGAGGAAAUGGAUGGGUUAGCAGAGGUUCUCUUCGACAGCAUAAAAAAAUCAAAGAGAUUGUUGAUGAGAAAUCUACCGGCACCUUUGGUGUCAUUUCUUUGUAACCGUGACGCAUUGCCUGAUGACAAAGGGUUUACUAUGGCAAAAAGCCAGUAACAACUCACCCGGAGGUCCCAUGCUUCAAAUUCAAUCCCUGUAUCAAGCUUUGGAAACAGGUAAUGUUAGUAUAGAACAAAACUAGGGCUGAUCUUACACAAGUGUAAAAAUGCCUUUUCAUCCGUUAAUCAAAUAUCCUCAACUAGUGCCAAAGUUAGCUCUACGGUUCGGACUAACGUCAGUGAGCUUGGAAAUCUUGUGAACGUUUGCUUGGUCUUCUUUAGGGUGAGCCCAUAAAAUGGUUAUGGAGAUGUCCUCUGUUGAAACUUUAGUGCAUCAAGACGGAGGAGGAGGACAAAGGAGAAUAAGGCUUUGUUUGGUUGGAACAAUUUUCCCAUGUAAGUUUUCAAGUUUUGAUAUAAUCACUUUCUACUGGGGUUUCAAUGUGAUGGUAGAAACUGCUUGUUCUGUAUAAAGUGCCUAUUUUCUGGAAUCAUCAACUGGAAAGGGUUAAUUUAAAAGCCAUGGAGGAGAAUCCUUUUCAUCUCAU